AUAGCACAGUAUAAUAUACUGUGGUUAUAGCCCCUACUUUGACAUUUCGAAAUCGUUUGUAAAUCGUUUAGGUGAUUGUUAGAUUAAUUAAAACGUUUGUUAGCUUAGCCUUUCAAUGCAAGAUAAAAAAUAAAAAUAACUUAUUAGCCCUCCGUUUUUCAUUUCAAUCCUAUUUUAAUUUUUCAGAGACUUUAUCAUUUAUUGUUAGUCACGAAUCACGAAUAUAUUAUUAAUUAGAGUUUAGAGCGUUUAUUAGAUCAUCUUUAUUGACACACUUUUGACAGUUCGAUCGAUUACUAUAUAAUGUCGAUGAAGCAAGUAUUCUAUUGAAUGACGAACUGAUAGUAAAUGAGGGUGAAAUCACGCGUAUACAUAUAUAUGUCAAAAAAUGGCCGAUCUCAACAAGGAGUUGAAUGAGUAUCUCUUGAACAACAAAAAUGAAAAGCAAUAUAAAAUCGCCAUUCCCUCGGUAGCGUUGCCGAAAGCGAACUUUCGCGGAUGGUUCGGCAAGGAUGAAGAAACGAAGGACGACGCAGGAUGGAUUCAAAGAUCGCAGAGAGAAUGUUGUCCCGCUAUGACGAGAACACAAAGGCUCAUAUCCUUUGCUGUGUGUUUCCUUCUGGGACUAUUGUGCUUCUGUCUAUCGGCGAUUUAUAUUCCCGUGUUAUUACUUAAAGCGAGAAAAUUCGCUUUGCUUUAUUCCUUAGGGAGCCUCUUCUUUUUAAUGAGCUUCUGUUUUUUAUGGGGAUCAAGUUACAUCAAAUCAUUAUUCAUAGCUGAGAAAAGAUGUUUCACGGUAUCAUACUUUGCAACAUUGACGGGCACACUUUAUUUCGCUUUGCAUUUGCAAUCGACUCCUUUGACCAUAUUAUGCGCUAUUCUACAGUUGUUAGCGAUGCUGUCAUUUCUAAUAAGUCAUAUACCAGGAGGUACAACUGGUCUCAUGUUCUUUACAAGGAUGUUUAAAUCGUCGGUAAAAUCCAGUUUACCUGUAUGAUAGCAUUAUUUGCUCUUAGGACACUUUGUUUUUAUAAUAAAAAUUAUAAAAAUUAAUUCCUCAUCUUGCAAAAUUUCUUGACGUAAGAUAUAUAUUCAGAGGAUGAGAAAGGAUAAUGAUGAAGAAAAAUUUUUUAUAUUUGUUACCAUUAAGAUUAAUACACAAAAGACUGACUUAAAUCCACAAUUUGAUGCAAAAUAGAAUUAUUAUAUAAAUUAUAUCUUCAUCUAAUAUUAUUA